CGGGAAGUGAGAAGGCGAAGCGAUCGGCGGGGGAAAGAAGCGGGCGGCCAACUGCGGAGUUUGGCCCUCCAUCUCAUGGAUUUCGGCAGUUUCUGAAAUGAAGAAAUUGGUCACCUUCUGAAGGACAUUAGUUUAAUUUGGUUCUGCCAUUGCUUUGCUUACAUUCUCAGUGAAAGAAAAGAUUUGUAGCUGUAAUAAUGUCUGCUCAUCCAAAAAGCUACAAUCCUUUUGAUGAUGAUGAAGAUGAGGACUUGAAGCCAGUGAAGUGGAAUGAGAGAAAUGAUGAUUAUGACGACCCUGCUGAAAGACAGCGCAAGGAAGCUGUGGAUAAGCAGCGAUAUCUGCAGCAAGAAGUUCUGAGGAGAUCCCAGGCCACUGUGGAUAGCACUCAUCGGUCACUCUCCCUUAUUUACGAAUCUGAACAUGUUGGAGUAGACACGGCAGAGGAGCUUACACGGCAGGGUGAGGCUCUGAAACGUAGCGAGCAAAUGGUGGACAAGAUGGAGCAAGAUUUAAAAACCAGCCAGAGACACAUCAACAGCAUUAAGAGUGUGUUUGGUGGCUUUGUAAAUUACUUUAAAGCCAAGCCACCAGAGAGCAAGCCUGAGCAGAAUGGAUCAUCUGAUUAUCAAGCAAGCAACAGAUUAAAAGAAGCUUUGGCAACCAGUAAGGAACAAGAGUCAAAGUACCAGGAGAGUCAUCCAAACUUAAGGAAGCUGAAUAAUCCAGACUGCAGUUCCACAGGAGCCAGUUUAAAUUCUUCUGUCCCAACAGAUAAUUAUCCCAAGAAUCAAUGUCUCCGAUCUUACCACCAGAAAAUUGACAACAAUUUAGAUGAAAUGUCCUCUGGGCUGGGCCGCCUGAAAGGUCUAGCACUUGGCUUGCAGACGGAAAUUGAGGAGCAAGAUGAUAUCCUGGGCCGCCUCACCACAAAAGUUGAUAAUCUAGACAUCAAUAUUAAAAGCACAGACAAAAAAGUCAGGCAGCUUUAAAGAGCUCCAGUCUCUGACUUCUGUACGAGACUCGCUGGAUCUUUAUAUAGACAGACAUUGUCCUGCUGUUUGAGAAAAUGUCCAUUUUUAAUGCUGGUGUAUGACUGGUAUGCCUUGUGAUUAAAACUACAUCACCUAAAGUGCAAUAUGAGAGAUUUAAACCACCUUCUUUGAUGUACAUAUGCCUAAGGGUAUCCUUAAGUGGUAUAUCUUUGAGCCUCUGCCAUGGAGUGAAAAAGCUGUAAAUAAAUCCAUGCAUCUGAUGUGCAUCAUCCCCUUCCCCCUUUCUGAUCAUUAAUUUUGUUUUGCCAGCAUUCAGUAGAGUAAGAGUCCUUGUGCGGCCUCUCUCAAGCAAGUGUUGCUCAAUUUUCAUUGUUCUUGUAAAAUGUAGAUUUAUUACUCAUCAGUAUUUCAAAAUCGGGGCACAUUCAAGAAGUCCUGAAAUACCUUUCCUUGUAUAAUUUGACUGUGCCCCCAAAAGCAAAGCAAUAAUAAUAAGUAGUGGUUCCAGGGACAUACUUGAUUGGUUACCUGUAUGAUCAAGCCUGGGGUUAGAAAAUGAGAUUUAGAACAAAAGGCAUGGUGAGUUGUUUUUUUUAAAAAGCUUGUACUAUUUUUAAAUAGAUUCCCCAGGGGCGGUAACAAAGUUGGUCCACCCGUCCAGUCAAUAUGUAGGCCUUUGUUUAUCCAACAAGACUGUACACACCGUGGCAAACCCCUUUUGCCACUGAGUUUGUUUCAAAAGCAGUUGUGAAUAUGGAAUUUAAGUCUGCCCUGGGCAUGGACCCUUGCUGAUAACUUUAGUCACCUGCUUGACGACUCCCUAUCCCAGUAGUUCUAGGAAGUAUUUCUGAUUGUGGUCACAUUGUUGAACUAUGCAUCAUACUUCCCAGCAACUGCUUUGUAAGCAGAUUCUGCAAUAAACCAGGUCUUUCUCCCUCCCUCCCUUCCACUUCUACAUAAUGGCCUCAGUGUUGAUGUGAUGGGAAAGCACAGCAUUAAAACCAUCCAUGCUUCAUGGGAACACAAUGCAUAGUAGCAAAUACCAUCUCUCAGGUCCCUGCAGUGAAUCAUAGUAUAGUAACCUCUGGUAAUUGCAAUAAUUAACAUAAUUGCUGCUGCCACAAAUGUCAUUAGUUAUCUGCUACCAGCUGGGGAUUUUGAAGUCUCAGUUAGACGAGUACAUUGCUAAGAACCUUUACACUGACUUCUUUUUAACCCCCUAUUAGUUCCUCAGAAACUUGGCAGAAGUCUCAGUGCCACAGUAUCAAAACAUCAGUUCCCUCCGCUCUGUUACCAUAGUUACUUUCUUUGUCCACCUCUCUCAUUGUGGUCAAGGUUAAAUCUCAAUGACUUGCUUCGUGUAGGUUCUGCUGCAAUCUUAGGACAUGUUGCGUGUUGUCUAUCAAAGUCUUGUACUUGGGAAGGGUAACGGGAGGGGGUGAGUAUCUGUCUUUUGACAUAUGCUGGUUUAGUUGAUUUUAAUUUCUUGCCAUAGGAAUUCCAAAACAUCGCUGGUGACUUUGUAGAAGAUUUGUGUACACAUGUCCUUUCCAGAAGCCCAGGAGAGCUACGGCGCAUCCAGUGAAUGUUAACCACAAUUAGAUUAGUGGGACCUGUUUUAUGUGUCGAUUUCUGUUGUAAAUGGUUAGCAGCAGAAAGCAGUGAUUAAGUGCUAGAGGCACUUUUUUUAGGAGAAAGAAAAAGAGAGAACUAGCUGGAGUUUGACUUUCAAGCCACUAAGAUGCCCCUUUAGUUAUUUCAUACUGUAGACUGAUCAGGCAAAGUUUCCCUUUAGAGUUAGAUUGUGUGUGCGUGUGAAAUUGGUGGGGUAGGAAUUCUGUUGGACUGGGCAGUGGCAAUUGCUGUAGCUUUGGGUUUUUCAAAGGCAUUGGGAGGGAGAGAAGAGCAAAGGAGGAAAAGAAAGCCUGCCUUCCCCCCCCCCCCCCCACAUGUGCCAAUUAAAUUUGGUUUCUUUUGCCAACAGACAGGCUGAGAAAGCUACACUUUGAAUGUUCUUUGCAUCAUAAUGGCAUCUAUAGAGUGUAGAGUCUCUCUUUCUCCCCUUUUGAAACUUUCUGUACUUAACAGAUCCUUCUUAGCUUUGUCCCAUUUUCCAUAUUUUGACAUUGGAAAGAAAAUCAACACCCGUCUUCCCGUUCUACACCCCGCCCCC